UUUCCUGUGGUAUUUUUAAGAAGCUCCGCAUCGGUCUGCAGUCGGCGUCAGUUAUUCAGUUUUUGAACUCCCCUUUUUUAUUUGCUUUUCCGUGAAAAGAAGUCCAUAUCCUUGCAAGAUGUCCAUGUUUUGGGGUUUGCAUAUGAAGCCUAGGCGCAAGUACUCCCAGACCAUUGUGAAGUCCUUCCACAUUUCCGGUGUCGCCAUCGAUGAGGGCGAGAGUGCCAAGCUCUACGUUACCAACGAGACGGAGAAGUUCAUUGUGGCCACAGUGUCGAAAGCCAUUCCCCAGGCCCCGCUGGACCUGAACUUCAGCAAGGGCGACCAGAUUACAUUCAAUACGGAGGGCGAUGCUACGGUAUCUCUGUUGGGCUAUUUGCACGACAUCGACUCUGACGAUGAGGACGACGAAGACUAUACCAUUGAGAACUUGCUCAAGGAUACAGCCAAGCAGAAUAAGAAUGGGAAGAAGGCAGGAGCUCAAGCUGAGGACGAGGAGGACGAAGACGAAGACGAUGAAGAUGAAGAUGGUGAGGAGGAGGAGGAAGACGAUGAUGACAGUCGCCUAAUUCAAGAGUACGAGUCGUUCCUAGAAAAUGGAGAUGAAGACGACGAUGAUGAUGACGAUGAGGACGAGGACGAGAGCGCUGAAGAAGAAGACUCCGAUGACGAAGAGGAGGUGGAGCAGCCCAAGGCCAAGGUUGCCAAGCUAUCACCGGAGGCUAAUGCCAAGAAAGGUGCCAAGGAGCAGAAUGGCGUCGCUAAGAAGGAGAAAGAGUCAAAGACUCCGCAGAACCAGAAGACCAAGGCCGAGGCCAAGAAAGAGCAGCCCAAGGCAAAGGAGCAGACUUCCAAGCAACAGCUAGGUGAGCGCACCAUUACCGGUGGCGUGAAAAUUGUCGAUGUCUUUCCCGGCAAGGGAGAAGAGGCCAAGCCGGGAAAACGCGUCUCCGUCUACUACAUCGGCCGCCUGCAGUCGAAUAACAAGACAUUCGACAGCCUGCUUAAGGGCAAGGGCUUCAAGUUCGCUUUGGGCGGUGGCGAGGUGAUCAAGGGCUGGGACGUUGGCGUCGCCGGCAUGAAGGUGGGCGGCAAGCGUCGCAUUACCUGCCCGCCGCACAUGGCCUACGGAGGACGCGGAUCUCCCCCGACCAUCCCACCCAAUUCGACACUAGUCUUUGAGGUGGAGCUGAAGGCAGUGCACUAAUCCAUUUAACCCACAUCAUAUAUGUAGACUCGUAAAGUAGCCAUUAAGUACUUUUCUAUGCAAAACUUGAUAACAUGUUAAAAUAAAAUAAACACACUUUGUUUUUCGCGCUGUUCAUA